UCUCCUCUCCAGAGCUUUGGACGGUCUUCCAGCAGCUUCUGUGCGUGUUAGGUUCUGCCUUGUUGUGUAACCUCCACUGAUAAAAUCUUGUUUACAACAUCUGUCGAAGAUCGAUAGGAGUUAUUUUGACCUGAAAUGAGAAUUCAAUGCAGGUUUGAGGGUUUUGAGAGGUUUUUACUGGCGUGAAGAGGUGUACACCAGUGUAGACAUUGUGAAGUAAUUGCUGAUUAGGGUUUGGAAGUUAUGGCCGGGCUUGGACCUGAUUGGAAAGGUUUAUUAAAAUGGAGUAUCGCUAACAGCGAUGGUACUGCAGAUCCUCGAGAAUUGAGUGAGCAGGAUAGGCAGUUUUUUGCGGAAGCCAUGCAAUCGCAGACUGUGGAUGUGAUUAAGCGAAUGAAAGAGAUUUCUAUGGUGAUGAAUUUGACUGUUGAGGACUUGGAGACCCAGGGUAUCACUGUAGAAGAACUUGAAGGUAUGUUGGAGGAGCUUCAAGAACACGUUGAGUCCAUUGACAUGGCAAAUGACUUGCAUUCAAUCGGAGGCUUGGUACCCUUGUUGGAUUAUUUGAAAAACCCAAAUGCUGACAUCAGGUCUCGAGCAGCAGAAGUUGUGAGCACCAUUGUGCAGAAUAAUCCAAAAAGUCAGCAGCAAGUGAUUGAGUGUAAUGGUUUGGAAAGAUUGUUGGUGAAUUUCAAUUUUGAUGAUAACAUAAAAGUGCGAACUAAGGCCUUGGGUGCCAUAUCAUCUCUAAUCAGGCAUAAUAAAGUAGCAACUGAUGCCUUCAGACUUUCUAAUGGUUAUGCGGGACUUCGACAGGCUCUUGCCUCGGAAGAUCUCAGAUUCCAGCGGAAAGCUUUGCAGGUAAUACAAUAUUUGCUUCAAGAGAAUCCAAAAGACUGUAUUGUAGCAACCCAACUAGGAUUCCUAAAGUCCUUGACAAGCUUGGCAAAUAGCUCGGAUCUUGACGUACGGCAAGCAGCACUGCAAUCUUUAGUAGAGAUUGUCCGUAACCAAGAAAAUCAGAAUGUGGGAAAAACGGAUGGCACUACCCAACUCAAGGAUGUUGUUGGUAAGCGGGUAGAGGAGAUUAAAGGCCUGAACCAGGAAGAUCUAGCAGCUGUAAAAGAAGAGCGACAGUUGGUGGAUACACUCUGGCAGUUGCUCUACAAAGAACCCUCCCAGUUAAGGCAAGAGGGUUUGUUGGUGUUGCCUGAAGAUAAUCAGCCACCUCCAGACGUUGCAGGUCGGAAACAUGCAUCUGGGUUGAGAAGUUUGGCUGCCAACGUCCCCCCGGAGCCUCCAAGUAGGCAGAAUGUAUCUCAAGACGAGAAGAAGCCAGUCUUACUACUGGGUGCUUAGAGAUAAGAGUCUACUUUGUCAAAUUCAAGUCCUCCUCUCAUUCUGUAUUACAGUAGGAUGUAAAGAAAUGUUUUUGUUUUAUUUGA